AUGAACCUCCUUCCAAAAAGUCACAAAGAAUUCAGUGAAAAGGACUACUGGAAUAAAUUCUUCAAAAAGCGUGGAAACAAAGCUUUUGAAUGGUACGGCGAAUAUUUAGAGCUAUGCACACAUUUACACAAAUAUAUGAAACCGGGGGACAAGAUUUUAAUACCCGGUUGCGGUAAUUCAAGUCUGAGCGCAGAUCUAUACGAUGUUGGUUUUAAAAACAUAACCAACAUUGAUGUAUCCGAAGUAGUUAUUAGGCAAAUGAAGGCUAUCAACUUAAAAAGAACAGACAUGAGUUUCAUUUACAUGGACGCUAUAAAUACGGAAUUCGAAAAUGAGACCUUUAAUGUAGUGUUGGACAAAGGUACAUUAGAUGCACUAAUGCCUGACGACACUGAAGAGACCGUAGUGAAAAUCGACAAGUACUUCCAGGAAAUAAAAAGGAUUUUGAAAAUGGGUGGACGAUUUAUCUGUAUAUCACUGUUACAGAGUCAUAUCUUAGCAAUGCUUCUUGAAGUUUUUAGUGACAAAUCAUGGAUGAUUAGGGUGGUGAGGUGCCUCGAAGCAGAACAGAAAAAUGCUGAAAAUGGUGAAGGAACAACACUGCCUGUUUUUAUUGUAAUCGUCACUAAAUUUAAGGUCAUGCCUAAAUUGUUAUUAGAAGUAUGCUUGGCUGGAGACAAAAUGGUUAGGCUUGAAACCCCACAAGAAGUACAGAACUGUAUCAAGUCAGUUCAAGACACAGCAUUUAUUACUAAUGGUCUUGGAAAGACGAGUCUUGAUGGGGAUGAUGAGGUUUCUCUCGACCUCAUGGUGCCAGGAGAAGACAGACCCCGUUAUACUCUCUAUGUGGUGGAUCAGAAAAAAUCGCAAGCUGCCAACAAAUAUGCAGUUUUUAUUGUUCCACAGGGAAGGGAGUCUGAGUGGCUUUUCGGGACGCCGGCUGGACGCAGGCAGUUACAGGCUUUGGCCAAGUACAGCAGACUCGUGGUAGCCGUUUUAAGACGUGAACAGCACUUCGAGAGCUUCGACGCAGUCAAAGAGGAAUUGGCGCAUUCCGCGAAAAUGCUCAUUCCGUACGGGUUCAGCGGGCAAAUCCCCUUCCUGUCCGUCGGGAGUGACGUGGGUCGUCGCGUCAAAGUGCACGAGGGCAGCUCGAAGGUGUCCGGUGACUUCGUCGUGGAGGACGUGGAUGUCGGCGACGAUACCUUCAGGAGGCUCAUAUUCUUGGACAACCAGUUUCUUGUUCAGUCCGAGGCGAAGCUUAAGACAGUGAAAAGGAAGAACAAAACGAAGCAAGUAAUUGAUUUUGGACACAUAUCUCAAUACCAUGCGUUUAUGUGUACAUGCUUGCCCCUUACUUCUGGAACUGAAAUCGCGAUACUAGGUCUUGGUGGUGGUGGCCUCUGCAUGUUCCUGAAGAAGUGUUAUCCAAAAAUGAGGAUAACUGCUGUAGACCUGGAUCCAGCUAUGGUGGAACUGGCUAAGAGUCAUUUUGAGCUAGAAAUCGAUGAUUGGUUAAGCGUCCAAGUUAAAGAUGGGCUGGAUUUCUUAAAUGAUGAGGCGGAACAUGGUUCCCUAUACAGCUAUGUGAUGUUUGACGUGGACAGCAAAGACCGAAGCCUGGGCCUCUCCUGUCCGCCUCAACAGUUCCUUAAGGAGGAAACGUUGCAACACGUCGAUAGGAUACUAACUAACGAUGGUCACUUCAUACUUAACUUGGUAUGUCGCGACAAAAUACUACAAGAGAAAAUAAUGGAGUCCCUAAAGCGACAUUUUAAACACAUAGCAUCGAUCAAAUUGUAUGAAGAGGUAAAUGAAAUUAUUUUCGCUACGAAUGGCAACACCGAAUACAAAAUGGACGAUCUAGAAAGUGCCGCGAAGAGUUUGAACGUAGCGGCGCGCCAAAGUAAUCUAGUGAAGAUAAAAUCCGUGGACUUGAAAGACUUUUUGCAGUCUGUGACUAUUGUUUCAUAG